UCUUUCUAUAUGACUUUUUUGAUUAAGGAAAAGUCCGUGGAUUAAUCAUACAAUGGCAGGAGUAUAUAACCAUGGCUUAUUUGCCUGCCAACCUAUUGCUAUACAAUUUCUAUCCUCACUUACAUUUUACAAUUACAGGAUUCAUAUACUCUUAUUAACUUCUCUAUUGCAACAUGUCUCCCAAACUUCAUCGAAAUCCUCCUUUCAGAGCAGAACAUCUCGGGUCUCUGCUACGUUCAGAGCAACUUCUUUCGAUAAAACAUGCCCUCGAUAAUGGAAAGGAUAAUGUUACAAAGGAAGAUUUGAGAAAGGUAGAAGAUGUAUCCAUCGACGAGAUAGUUCAAGCACAACUUGACCUAGGUUUCCAUGCCGUUACAGAUGGAGAGUAUCGUCGUCAUAUGUUCUGGUAUGUUUUUAUUCGCCUGCAUAAGAUUCACUCCUUCAUACACCAUCAUACCACCCUCAUACAUCACCCUCAUACACCACCGUCACACACCAUCACACUAUUAAAACAGAAUACUGAUAUACAAAAGGGGUACAUUCUUUCCCGGCCUCGAAGGAUUUGAAGAAGUCCAAAAUCCACCCCUGGAUUCUUUCCGUCGCUACGUUCCCGACAUCGGCGCAUUCCUUGAAGAAGGCCAUAAGCCCGGUGAAUCUGUUUACUGUACUGGCAAAAUAAAACAUGUCGGAAGCACAUACCUCUCCCAAUGGAACUACCUCAAAAACCUUCUUCAGGCGGAAAAAUUCAAAGAAGCGAAAAUCACCCUCGCAGCUCCGAAUUGGUAUCAUCUCCGCUACAACACCGGCCACGCAUAUCCAAAAGACAUAUACCCCGACGAUGCCUCAUAUUUCGCCGACAUAGCCACCGCCUACCGCACAGAACUUAAAAUAUUAUAUGAAGCCGGAGUCCGAAAUAUCCAAAUUGACGAUCCCAACCUUGCAUACUUUUGCUCCGAAAAAAUGCUGGCAGGUUUUAAACAAGAUGGGGAAGACUCGGAUGCUCUCUUUGAAUCAUAUAUCGAACUCUACAACGAUUGUCUGCGUGAUCGUCCAAAUGAUUUGCACGUAGGCAUCCAUCUAUGCCGCGGAAACUUCGUCAACGGUCGUCACUUUUCUGAAGGCGGGUAUGAUGCCAUCGCUACGAAACUAUUCCAAGACCUAAAUGUUGAUACAUAUUACCUUGAAUAUGACACUGCGCGAGCAGGAGGAUUUGAACCGCUCGCCCACCUUCCUAAGAAUAAAAAUGUCAUCCUAGGAUUGAUCACGAGCAAAUUCCCCAAACUGGAAAAUCUGGAUGAACUGAAAGAAAGAGUUUUGAAAGCAGCCGAUAAAAUCGCUGAAGGGAACGGAGAGACAAGAGAAGAAGCAUUAAAAAGAAUGGGUGUUAGUCCCCAAUGUGGAUUUGCGAGUCACUCGGAUGGAAAUAAUAUGCAGAGAACGGAUAUGAUUGAGAAACUGGAGUUGGUGAGGAAAUUAGCUGAAGAGAUUUGGCCUGGUGAACCAUGAAGGAGGGAUUUUGUAGGCUGGCUGAAAAAAAUGAAGUGAAAUGUAAUAAAAUAGCAUCGGACGGGAUUGGCAUAGGAGUAGAUACCUAAGUAAAGAUGAUUUUGUACAGUAGGAAUUGAGACGAAUGUGUAAUUUAUAUGCAUUUCCAU